UUCUAAAAUACAUCGUUAUAGCAGCUUUAAUUACAUUUGUGAGUUUACUGUUUGUCCUUUCAGGCUUGCCGUAGGUUAAUAAUCUCGCUCAGGGACGGUCAAAGUUUACCUAAACUGGUGCUGACAGCCUCAGAGCGGCUGACAACUUUUACAUUUCUCCACGAUGACAACACGAAAUAUAACUCGAUUCUGGGAAUGGGGGAGGAAGAUCAUUUGUGUCGGGAGAAACUAUGCAGAUCACGCCAAAGAGCUGAAAAAUGCGAUUCCUACAGAGCCCAUCCUGUUCCUGAAACCACCUUCUGCAUAUGUAAGAGAGGGCUCCUCCAUCCUGGUGCCUCUGUACUCUAGUAACCUACACCAUGAAGUGGAGUUAGGAGUAGUCAUCGGGAAAGGGGGCACGGCCAUCCCUCAGUCCGCCGCUAUGGAGCAUGUUGCAGGCUAUGCUCUGUGCUUGGACAUGACAGCCCGGGAUGUCCAGGACGUGUGUAAAUCCAAGGGUCUGCCGUGGACUCUGGCCAAAGCUUUCAACACUUCCUGCCCCGUCAGCGACUUCAUCCCCAAAGAGCGCAUCCCGGACCCUGGGAACGUGAAACUGUGGCUGAAGGUAAACGACCAGCUGAGGCAGAACGGCUGCACCUCCCAGAUGAUUUUCUCCAUCCCCUAUCUCAUCAGCUACAUCAGCGAGUUCAUCACCCUGGAGGAGGGGGAUCUCAUCUUGACCGGGACCCCUAAAGGAGUGUCUGCUGUGCAGGAGCAUGAUGAGCUGCAGGCUGGGAUCGAGGACGUUGUCACCAUGACCUUCAGAGUGGACAGACAAGAACAGUAGUGAAAUAAAUAUAAAAAUGAAUACUCAUGAAAAGAGAGAGUUGUUUUACUGGAUGGUUGAAUAUAUUUAUUUAUUUUCAAUAUCAGUGUGGAUCAGCAGAUGGCAGUGCUGUGCCAUCAAUUCCAUAUUUCUGAUGCUGCCUUGUUCAGUACACACUUUGGUUACAUUGAUUAAUCUCAUGAAUGUAGCUUACUUAUGAUCUGUUUUACUGUAAAUCAGGGAUAUGAAAAUAAUUCAGCACCCAUUGUCACUGCUGUUUUUUUGAAGAAGUAUUCACAACUUAUUCUAAUAAAAUAUGUAAUAUUA